GUUGAACAAAUCUCCUCGCUCACUUUUCUCGCACGCCCGUAGUGAACUAGAGUAACGCUUCCUGCCAGUCUCUUUCACGUUCUGUUGGAUCCACCUCAACACACAGACAGACACACACACACACCUCGAAGGUCAUCACGAUGAUUCGCGAUCAGUGCCACGCUUACUGCCAGUGCUCCUUCUGCUCCCAGGAGCCGCAGGACAAGUCCACGAACGCCGGGGCGUCGAUGCGGGCGGCGAUGCAGUCGCUGAGUCGCCCAGGCAUGUCGAAGGAUGAGCUGUACAUGAAGAGCCUCCAGAAGAGCCUCCGCGAGAAGGCCCUCCUCGACAGCUCCAAGAACGUGGGCCGCUUCAUCCCGGACGAGCAGCUCCUCAGCAGCUCGAAGAAGCGCGCGGCGAAGGAGAUGGCGCUGGCGGCGGAGAUGGUGCCGGUGCGUCGCCGCGACCGCCUGCAGGAGCUGCUGCUGCUGGAGCACAAGGCACGCCUCGACGAGGAGGCCCGCGUGCGUGCGGAGCGCCGUGCCCUCGGCCUGCCGGAGGAAGAGACGGAGGCGGAGGAAGGCGCGGAGGGCUCGGCCAACGAGGCGGAGGCGCCCACCCCGGCGUCAUCGCAGCGGGAGGUGGCGACGCCGUCGCAGCAGCGGCUCAGCAGCGGUGCCGUCACCCCGGCCUCGCAGUGCUCGGCGGAACACGAUCUGCACACCAUGCUGAAGGGGAUCCGCGAUAUUGUCGACGAGGACCCCGCCGCCGCCGCCUCCGCCCCCCUCAACCAGCAGCAGGUCUUCAAGCUGCGCCAGCUGAUGUACAACCAGAAGAAAAAGACGCGCGAGAUGGUGGACAGCUGCGAGAACCAGCCUCACGUGUGCGGGCACUGCCUCGAUGUGAACGUGCAGGCUCGCCACCUCUGCGCACCCCCGCAGGAGUCCGUUGCCUUUGGGUUAACUGGCAAGGUGAUCAACCCGGAGGAGGGCGUGAAGUACGGUACCGACGCCCCACGCGGCUUUGGCGGAACCUACAGCACCGCCUCCGUCGAUCCUGCGUACCUCUCCAGUAAGAAGAUUCGCGAAGGCAACUACAGCAACCACCCGUACGGUGCCGGCAUGGUGUUCCUCCCGAUAUCGUCCGUCAACGCAGGGGGCAGCCGCAAAGGCCAAACGAACAACCAGUCCGCGCGCUUCCGUGCCAGCUUCAACAACAACAUCGGCCCCGGCGAGCCGGUCGAGGCCGACCUGCAGUUCCCCGGCAGCACCUACAACGUGUACGAUAAGCCCGCAUCACAGGUCGCCACCCCGGCGGCGCAGGGCGAUGUGGCGGAUCGCUCCGUCAAGAUCGACACCGCUUCAUCGAAUGCGAGCUCACAGAACGCGGCGAAUGUGCAGAAGGGCCCGGCUGCCACAGGGAAUGCUGCUGCCUGCCGCUGA